AUGGAAAGAGCCAGGCGAAGGGGAGGCGGCGGCGGCGGCGGCGGCGGCCGUGGCCGCGGCGGCAAGAAUGUAGGGGUCUCUGGCCUAAGCAAGAGUAGACUGUACCCCCAGGCCCAGCACUCCCACUACCCCCACUACGCGGCUUCAGCCACCCCUAGUCAGGCUGGGGGCGCCGCCGAAAUCCAGGAGCUGGCCUCCAAACGAGUGGACAUCCAGAAAAAGAGGUUUUACCUAGACGUGAAGCAGAGCUCGCGGGGCCGGUUCCUCAAGAUAGCCGAAGUCUGGAUAGGGAGAGGCCGGCAAGACAAUAUCAGAAAGAGUAAACUGACCCUCUCCCUGUCGGUGGCAGCGGAGCUGAAGGAGUGUCUAGGGGACUUCAUCGAGCACUAUGCCCACCUGGGCCUGAAAGGCCACCGGCAAGAGCACGGUCACGGCAGAGAGCAGGGCUCCAGGAGGAGACAGAAGCACUCAGCGCCCUCCCCGCCGGUCUCGGUGGGGUCCGAAGAGCACCCCCACAGUGUCCUCAAAACAGACUACAUCGAGAGGGACAACAGGAAAUACUAUCUAGACCUGAAGGAAAACCAGCGGGGUCGCUUCCUAAGGAUUAGACAAACCAUGAUGCGGGGGACUGGCAUGAUAGGUUAUUUUGGCCAUACUUUGGGCCAAGAGCAGAAUAUUGUCCUCCCAGCUCAAGGAAUGAUCGAGUUCCGCGAUGCCUUGGUUCAGCUCAUCGAAGACUAUGGCGAAGGGGACAUCGAAGAACGCAGAGGUGGAGACGACGACCCCGUGGAACUCCCCGAGGGGACUUCUUUCAGAGUGGACAAUAAAAGGUUCUACUUUGAUGUGGGCUCUAAUAAAUAUGGAAUUUUCCUGAAGCUCACAAAUUACCCUAAAUCCAGAGAGAAUAUCAACCCUUUUCACUGUUGUCAAAUCCAGCAAAAGGAACAGCCCCAUGACACUACAAAAACAGUAGAGGAAUAA